CUGAGACUGACACAGACACAGACAGUCAGAAAGUUAGAGACAGCCACAGACAGACAGGUGAUGAAGAUGGUGUCCUCCUCUCGCUGCCUCCUCCUCCUCCUCUCUCUCAGCGCCUCCAUCAGCUGCUGCUACGCCGCUCAGAGGGAUUCCAAACUCCGCCUGUUGCUGCACAGGAGCCCGCUGCUCUCCAACAAACAGGAGGUGUCUCGCUCCUCGCUGGCCGAGCUGCUCCUGUCCGACCUCCUGCAGGGGGAGAACGAGGCUCUGGAGGAGGAGAACUUCCCUCUGGCUGAUGGAGAACCCGAGGACAUCCACAUGGAUCUGGAACGAGCCGCCGGCGCCACCGGGCCGCUGCUCGCCCCCCGAGAGAGGAAAGCAGGCUGCAAGAACUUCUUCUGGAAGACCUUCACCUCCUGCUGAGAGCCCCACCUUCUGGACUCUGUACAGACACUGAUCGAUUAGUCUGGAUGAGAUGUUUAGAAUCUUCUGAGCUGAUUCCUUCUGAAUGUAAAACUUGAUGAAACUAUUUUUAAUGGUUGGUUUGAAUAAAAUCUGUU